UGACUGGCUGCCGGGGGCUGCGGCACACAGGUGCGGGAGCCCGCGCCGUGUCAAGUGCAUCUCCGACGAACGGACUCCGCGGAUUGCAUUUUGCUCCUGCCUGCAGCAUGGAGGAACAGAACCGCCCUCCCGGGAAGGAGCUUCAGCACAGGACACGAGCAGAGGCCUCAGGAAAGAGUAGCUGGCACACCCAGGCCUAUGCUCUCGGCGCCGUCUCCAACUUCAUGUCCACUUUCCUAACCUUUCCCAUCUAUAAGGUGGUGUUCCGGCAACAGAUCCAUGCUGUCGCGGUAUCAGAGGCUGUGCGACAGCUUUGUCGUGAAGGCCCUCAGUACUUCUUUCGCGGAAUCUACCCACCACUUCUCUCCAAGACACUGCAAGGGACUCUACUGUUUGGGAUUUAUGAUAACCUGCUGUGCUUUUUCUCCCCGGUUGGACCACACUCCCUCAGACACCGCUGCACUGCGGGGCUCAUGUCUGGUGUGGCAGAGGCUGUGAUACUCAGCCCCUUUGAAAGGGUGCAAAAUGUGCUCCAGGAUGGUCGCAAACAAGCUCGCUUCCCCAAUACGGUCAGCAUCCUCAAGGAAUUCAACUCCUAUGGGCUUUGGGGGCGGCUGUCCCUGGGCUACUAUCGUGGUUUCUGGCCUGUCCUGCUCAGGAACAGCCUGGGGAGUGCUCUGUAUUUCUCCUUCAAGGACCCCAUCCAAGAUCGCUUGGCAAAGCAAGGCCUGCCUCAGUGGGUCCCUGCCUUGGUGUCUGGGGUUGUCAAUGGAUCGAUCACCUGCCUGCUUCUGUAUCCUUUGAUUGUGCUCGUUGCCAAUAUGCAGUCCCAUAUUGGCUGGCAGAGUAUGCCAAGCCUGUGGGCCUCAGCCAAGGACAUGUGGGACACUCGGGGUCGAAAAGUAUUCCUGAUCUACCGUGGUGGCUCCCUGGUCAUCCUGAGGUCCAGCGUGACAUGGGGCGUCACUACUGCUAUCCAUGACUUCCUGCAGAGGAGGUCCCAUUCCAGAAAAGAGUGGGAAGACUAGCUGCAGGAAGUAUGGCUGCGGCCACUCGGUCCUUUAAGCCUUCCUAGGUUGGUCUAAAUAGCUUACUUCUUUGGCUCAUCUCUUAGCAUCUCUGAGCUGUCAUUUACAGGAGAUGCUCCCGACCACCAGUCAGAAAGAGAAAGCCACCCCUGUCUGUCUAAAAACUUCAACAGCCUCUGACCCAGGUGGCCUUUAAAGAACUUAGAACCCAGCUGAAAUAUCAUUUUCGGCAGCAACUCCUUGGCAAUAAGAGGAAGCCUGAAAUGACCUUGAUUAGGCACUGUGAGUUCUGGGGUCCCUCCAGUUGUCCUCCAGGCCCAACUAAGUGGAAGCCCUACAAGUCCAGUUUCAAAGACCAAACCUUGGCUUGGCUGGAGAUUCCAGAAAUCCUCAAUGAUGGCUGUUUCCAUGACAUUGCUUACUACUGCUGCUACCGCCCCCCGCUCUCACCUGUUCAGGCAUGUGGGUCCAGUUUUAGGGUAGCAGUUGUGGCUGGACAUCUUAAAGUGGAUUUGCUUCAGCUGUUGGGGCUGGAGGUGGAAACGGGAAGAGGUGUGGUCCCUGAUGGAUGAAAUGAAUAGACUUUGAGGGAAGAGAUUUAGUUGCAUGCAAAAUAGAAAAAUUUACUAUAGGUUGCUUGGUGUUAUCUGCGGGAACAUUUUUGAUAGCAAGGCAAUAACAUUGCCUAGAAACCACUUGGGUUUCCCUAAGAAACCUGGUAGUGAUUUGAUCAUAUCUCUUCACAAAUAAUUGCCCAUUUUAUUGCUGUGGAUAAAUAUAGUUCCUGUGACAUAAAUUAAAGAUCAGAAAUCUUACCCUGUCAUUCCGAGCCAUGCAAAGCGCGUUCUCAGUGUGCCCUGAAGCAUCGCGACUUACCUUUCCCACUGACAUAGCUCCCAUGCAUGCAUUAGCCAAACUGGACUGUCCCUUACCUAGACAUGACUCCAACUUUUCCAUCGCUCAGUUUUCUUUGGCCCACACUACUCUCUCCAGCUGCAUAUGCCAGUCUGCCAAAAUCCUUCUUGUUUCUCAAAGCCCAGCUUAGAUGCCACCUUCUCUAUGCAGCCUCUAGGGAUUUCCUACAACUGAAUGUGACAUUCGUCCCUCGUGGUGCCCCCUCCUUCAACACUUCAUACCUGACACUGAUUCCAUUGUGUCACCGAUCUUAAGUGGGCCUGUGUUCUUGGUGUGCUUCAAAAACUAUUAGACCACAAACUUGAAAGCAGGGAUGCUUGUAUGCAUUUUUAAAUUUUCCAUUGUGCCUAGGUGCUCAAUAAUGUUGGCUGAAUUGAUUAUCAAACUGUGAUAUGGUCUUUAUCCUCAGGGUGCUGUCCCUUACACAUGAAGAUAAUGUUAUUGGCUCACUGUCAACAAGACACAUGCCUUUGGGAUGUUAUUUUGUUUUCUCUUAUUAGUGAAUUUAGUUUGUGCUAAUGGUAAUGAUGCUGCUGCUGAUAAUAAUAAAA